AUGGACAACCAGAUACCAAGCCGAGAGAGGAGUCGAAGCACUCCAUGCUCCGAGGGUCCGUCUUGUUCUUCGUACCCUGUCUCGCUUCCCGCCUCUUCGCCGCGGCCUUCCCCUCUCUUGGCGUUUUGCUGCGCCUCUCCUUCACGUGCCUCGGCACGCCAGUCGCCCUUUUAUGCGUCGUCCGCUCUUGCUCUGCCUUCCCGCUCCGCCUGCGCGCCCGUCCCCGCGGCGUUUUCUUCUUCGUUUUCCGCGUACCUGCUCUUCCUCCACUGGGCCGCCCAGAACCUCCCCCUCGCUCCGCCACUUGAGUCGCGCGGCGAGUAUCUGGAGGGCGCUGGCUCUGCAGCCUCAGGGAGCCCAUCUUCGUCGUUCUUGCGUCGAUGCAUACAGGCGACCCGCGGCUCGCCGUCGCGGCAUCGCUGCUCUGUCUCCGAGGAUGCAGCCCUGAGCAACAGAGCGGGAGACCCUGCGGCACCAGGUAGCGGCUCUGCCUGCGUGGAGGCAAACAACAACACCGCAGCAGGAGAAGCUCGGAAUCCUGAUGCUUCACGGCCGGUUACCCCUUCGGCAUCCUCUUCGGAUGCCCCCUUUUCUGCGCCUGCGCCGCCGUGUGCGUCAGCUGCUUCCUCCUCCAGCGCUUCGCUGUCUUCUGGCUGUCCACCGGAGCCUGCACUUCCUGGGCCGCCGUCCUCUCCGCGUUGCGAGUGCCCCUGGGCGAUGGAUGGACUCCCCCUUUUCGAGGCCUUUGACGCCCUGCUGGUCGGGUUGACGGAGCCGCUGGCCGCCGCGCUCGCGGCCGGCGACACGCUGGCGUUCCUUGGGUUUCUUCGGCCGUUGUCGCAGGAUGCGCCGGGGGGCGCCGCGCAACAUCCACUCUUGUUUCCUGGAUUCUGUCGCCACGCUGCAGGGCAGCGGUUCGCCGAAGAGCUGAAAACAGCAGGGCCUGAGGGCGCGUGGCUCUCCGCUUCGGCCCCCGCCUCCUCGGCUCUCUACUCUUUCGGGCAAGACGCACAUCAAGCGCCACGCGAAUCGAUGCGCAGCUACGUUUCCGCUGCAGCGGCCUGCGCCGGCUUGGGGUCGUCGCCGCCCUGCGCAACGUCCGCCUUUCUCCGCUCGCUCGCCCGUCCUGCGCUCGCCACGCUCUCCUUCGAGGCUGAGCGGCUGCGAGGCCUCUCGGCGCCGCAGCCUGAAAACGUGGCGCUCCUCGCUGGAGAGGAGAGGGAGGGCCUCUGCGCGAGGGCGGCCUUGUGGGGCGGCCGCGGCCUCGCCGCGUCCAGUCUUCUCGACGCUGAGGUGCUGUCGCCCUUUGCUCGGGCGUGCGCUGGCAAGGCGGAGGCUCGCGGAGCUUCAGCGGCGCCACAGGAUGGCCUGAAGGCAGACGAGGCAAGACAAACCGACGGCGGUAACGAGACGCAGGAAGAGAGAGAUGUGGCGAACGACGACGACGAACAGGGCCCAGAAAGAUGUGCUGAGGACGAAACAAAGCGGAGAGCGGCGCUUUGUGUCUACAUCGAAGACCGCCUCUUUCUCCUCGUCCAAGUCGCCUCCCUGAAAGUGGCUGCAUGCGCGCUGACCUCUGCGACAGCCUCUGCCAUCGACUGCGUCCUUCGUGGCAUCCCGGCGCCCCCCUUUCGCCUGGCGAGCUCUUCGGGCCGCGGGGCUUCGCGCGUCUCGUUGUGCGCCUCCAGACGCUCGUCUGCCUCUGCCGCAGCCUCGCCUUUGUCUCCGUCUGCCGCAGACACGGCGCCGAAAAGGGUAGGACCGGCGGAGAAGGAAACGCGGGAGGCAGGCGCCGCAGACGCUCCAGACGACGCGCAGCAUGGUGAGGCGGCGGGCACUCCGGGGAAGCGCCGCUGCUCGCGCGACUCGACGGGGCAACUGGAGGCGGUCGAGAUUCUUUCGAAGGAGAAGAUUGCAUUUUUAGAUCAAGCUUGGUGGCAGCUUCUUCUGCGCAUGCAAGAGAUUGUUGAGCUGUCGCGAGCGCUGGGUCUCUCCGCCUUGGCGUCGUCUUCGCUCCUCACGGUUUCGCCGUCGACCUCCGGCAGCGCCGCAAGCGCCAGCGAGGCGUCUGCGGUCUCCCCGGUGUCGCGCUUCCUCUGCGCGCCCGCUGCGCUGCGUGAAAAGCGCGAAGGGAACCUCGAAAAAGCAGGCGAAGGCGACGGACUGCCGGAGCCCGCCGAGGGCAGCAGGGAGGACGAAGGCCGAGGGGAAGCCGUGGCGGCGAGCGCGAACGCCCCGGGACGCGCAGGAGAGAGAGGGGGAGGCGAAGACGCGUUCGCGAAGAGGCGACGAAGGGAGACUCCGCCGGAGCUGCAGGAGUGGGCGGCAUUGGAACGAGAUGUCGACACCCAGCAGAAGGCGAGAGAAGAGGACGCGGAUGCCGCAGCGAACGAACGCAUGUUUGAGGCCAUGCAACACAUGGGAAGGCUGAUGUUCGCCUUGAAGCGCCUCCGGAAGGCCUUGCUCACAGAGACAGGCGACCCUCUGGCAGCGGUGAUCGCCCGCAAGAGUGGAGAGACGGCGACACCCGCGGGUGCGAAUAAGCCCCUAGAGCCUGCGCCUGGUCAUAUCAGCUGCACGUCGCCUCAGCGGCUGCCGGUCUCGGGCGACGCCACGGGGCACGAUGCGAGCGACGAGCUUCACCGUCCAGACGUGGAUGCAGCGGAAAUGGAUAUUCUCGCUGCGACAGACGCAGCAAUCGAGGCGAUUCGUCGUCUCUGCGUGUCCAUCGGCGAGGGUGCGCAGCUGUGGCGGACGCUGCCCACGCGCGAGGCCUACGAGCGCCUCUUGUUGCCUCAAACAUCGGAUUCUCCGUCCGCCACUCCACGCGCGUCUGCUUCGUCGUCUCGCUCUCUCGCGAAGCGCGUCUCGGCGCCUCCACCCUUGUCUCCGCUCUGUGCCGCGUCUUCUGUGUCUCCAUCGACGCCGGAAGGGAGACCGAAGACGCCGCGCGCCUCGUCGGCUGCGCCCUGGCCUGCUCGUGGGGCUCGAGCCGCGGAGCCUCACGGAGCCGCCGAGCGAUCCUCUCCUGGGAAAGGGUCCCGAAGCCGCGACAGAAGGCGCCGAGGGCUGCCGGCGUCGUCGUGCGGCGAAGGCGCCGCUCACGCAGAACCCAAACGCGGAGAGGAGGGAGGCGCUGGGCGCGGCGUGGAGCAAGCAGGACAGCCAAGCGAGGGGGGAAUGGCGCGUCCUGGAAGGGCCGCCGGCGCGGCUGCAAGCGGCGCAGGGGGCGAGACGGCUGAAGACUCGCGAGCGAAGGCGCAGUGCCUCUCUGCGCAUUUGGAGGGUCUCGUUGGCCGCGAGAAGGCACGAAUUGACUUUCAGGUGCUGGUCGAGGAGAACAUUUUCUUUUUGCUCUCGCACUUCCACAAGGUUGCGUCGACGCACGAGGAGGUGAUCACAACGCUAGACGUGCUCGCGAAGCGCGGCGCGGUCUCGCCGCGGUUUCUGCUGCCGCGGGCGGGCUGGACGCCCUGGAGCGAAUGGCGCCGCUGCCGCAUGGAGGCCCUCGCGCGGGUGCAGAGGACAGUCAGGGUCCUCUGGACGGAGAAGGACCUUUGGGAGCGGCUGCAGAGCGUCCUGCGCGCCGGCUGGCAGACGGACGGCGGUCGGGACGAGACGCCGGAGGCCAGCGACGACGCCGAGACCGAGACGGAGGCCGCAGAGCAUCAGGACGUUGUCGUAGUGACAGACGACGAGGAGGGCGAGACCACGGCCGCGCAGCACGUGCCAGCAGGGGCGCGCGAGGCUGACACGGCGGGCGACGGCGAGGGUGCGCCGCGGCAGGUCGGAGCCGAGAACGAGACGGUCUACCCAGAGGCCGCUGCGGAGGGAGCAACCGGCGAGUGCGCGGGCUGCCGACAGGUGGCUCCGCAGUUCCGCCCGGCGCCUGCAGGAGAGGAAGCAGAGGCCGCGAGCGACAGCGACGAAGCAGACAAAGAAAACUGGCAGCCCUCGCAGGGGGAGGCGGCAGCUGGGCGCUGGCAACCUGCGGAGGAAGGAGAAGGCGACCUGCCGAGCCAAGAGAAAGCACCGGAGGCUUGUCGCAAGGUUCAGAAGGAUAGCGGCAGCCCGUCCAUAACAGCCGCAGAGAGCGCACAUCGCGCGGCGCGCGGCGCGUGUUCGACGCUGUCGUCAGCUGCGGUUUCUGCGUCGCUCGCGCCAUCGCUUUCGUCCUCGCGCGGCGUGCGGGAGGCGCUGCUGGCCUUCUGGUCGUGGGGCCCUCGCGCGCAGAAGGAGGAGGGCGGGCUGCUGCAUCCGCUCGUGGAGCAGCGACAGCGAGACGCACUCCGCCAGGGCGAGGAAGCGCCGCCAGCGGGCGCCGCAGGCCAACUGGCUCACGAAGGAGAUGGUCGCGCGCGCGCCUCAGGAGCAGUCUCCGAGCCGCAGCAACACAGCGAGCCCGCCAAUGGCGCGGCCGAGGAGGAACUUCGAGGAGAAGGGCGCCGUGGAAACGAGGCAGAGACGAGGUGCGCCGGCGAGGUGGAAAUCGAGAAUGCCGGAGCAGAGAACGGGGACAAAGAAGACAACACGCUGGAGGACAAGGAGGGAGAGGAGGGAGACAGAGAAGACGAAGACGGGGCUGCGGAGGAAGGAGAGGCAUCACUCGAGGAGCGCAGCGACGAGGCAAGCAAAGGAAAGCGGCCUGGCGCAGACAAACCAACAGACGAAGCAGAAGAGACAGAGAAUCUGAAGGAGAUGAACGAACACGAGGUGGCGGACUCCGCGGAGGCCGUGAGCGCGGCGGCGGGUGCGCGAAAAGAGUGCGAACCCAAGCGAGCGCGAGAAUCGAGUGGAGGUGAGGAAGACAAGGCUUCGUAUCCUGAGGACGCGAGAGAAGACGAGGACUCCGGCGGAGCGAAGAAGAGGCGACGAAUAACGGAGGACGACGCCGCAGCGCAGAAAGAGGAAGUCGGCAAAGUCGAUGGAGACGAGCGAGCCGUUUCUGUCACCGACGAGAGCAACGCGAGCGGCCUCAACUUAAGGGCGGCUACGAGCAGCCCUCGAGAUGAGAACCAGCUGGGCGCACAGACUCAGCAGGGGGUUCCGCGGAUACCUGAGGCAGCGGAAGUUGAUGAUGAAACCGCUCUUCGCCUCAGUUCAUGCUUCUGGGCGUCGGAUGCGUCGCCUCUUGUUGUGGAGGACUCGCUGCUCUCAGCAGCUUCGCAGCGUGUGUCCGCGGCGGCGCAUGUGGAGAUGCACGUCGCUUCCGCAGCUUCCACUGCAGCGGCGGCGUUGGCGUCAACCUCGCACGCGGAGCCGGCCGCGACGCCUCGUGUGUCGUCGGCGUCUUCAGUUUCCUCGGCGUCGAUCUCUGUGGCAGGCGCAGCGUCUUCGUCCUCUGCGAGUCAGCGCGGGUCUGCCGAAAGCACCCGACCACGCAGUCUCCUCGACCCGCAGGCAGGGGAACGACGAGAAGAGUGGGGGUCUGACUCGCUGGACAACAGCCCCUCGGCGUUUGCUUCCGGCGGCGCGCGGCAGAGUGCUGGCAAGACCGAAGAGGCUCGCCGCGCACCGUCGCGUCGCCGCCGCGAACGCGAGCUGCUGGGCGCUCCUGAGGAGAGGCCAGCCGCGCGGGGCGGCCGGCUUGGCGCCCAGGGGCGGAGAGGCUCUCCGCGGGGGGGUGCCUGCAGCAAAGCAGAACGAGGGCAGGACAGCGACGACGGCGACGAACUGCGUGACGCGGCCUCGAUGCGCUACCAGAAGUACAGAGACGCCGUGGGCGAACCGGAGCUCGCGCGGAAGCUCCUGAACGCCCGCCACCCCGGCGCCGGCCUCGUCUGCCGCACGCAGCGAAAGUGGAUGGCUGCCGACGAGCAGCUGCUCGUCGCCGGCGUGAAUCUUUUUGGCAUUGGAAAAUGGAACGAGGUCCACAAGUUUUUCCCGCCCCUGCGGCGCUUCACGCCUCCGCAACUGAAAGACAAGUUCCGCACACUGCGAAAGCUUUUGCACGACUCCGGCGACACCUAUCGGUUCAUCGAAUAG